AUGUCCGAUAUUUCAUCAUCUCUCGGUUUCGUGACCGAGAACCCUGCCAUGGCCGCGAUCAAGGAUGCAUGCAACUCCUUCUCUGAGCGGAGGGCGUUGCUCAACCUGCCCAACCCGGGCACCGUGGAUAACAUCGCGAGGGAGGUGCAAAAGGAGGUUCUUCUGUCCAACUUCAUGUUCACAGGUCUUCGCGCCGACUUGACCAAGGUCUUUGGCAUGAAUCCUCUCUUCCGUGUUUCCCACGCGUUCUCCAUGGGUUCUUCCGGUAACCUGCCCCCAUACGCCUUCUCCGCCAUGUACGGAAGCCCCAAGAUCUUCAUGCAAGGUAACCUCGGCAGCGAUGGUACCCUCUCCGCCGUCUACAACUACCGCUGGAACCAGGCUCUGGUUACCAAGACCAACGCCCAGGUCAUGGCCGGUAGCACCCAAGGCCUUCUCCAGAUUGACAACGACUACACUGGCGCCGACUUCUCUGCCUCUCUGAAGGCCUUCAACCCUUCUGUCUUCGAGGGCGGUCUGACCGGUAUCUUCGUUGGUAGCUACCUCCAGUCCAUCACACCCGGUCUGGCUCUUGGUUUCGAGGCUAUCUGGCAACGCCAGGGCAUGACCGCUCGCCCCGAGACUGCUCUGUCCUACUGCGCCAAGUACAAGGGUGACGACUGGAUCGGUACCGCUCAGCUUCAGGCCCAGGGCACUUUCGCCGCUACCUACUGGCGCAAGCUCUCCGAGCGCGUUGAGGCCGGUGUCGAUAUGAACCUCCAGUUCGCCCCCAGCCCUGCCGCUAUGAUGAUGGGUGGUCCCAGCCGUGACGGUACUACCUCCAUCGGUGCCAAGUACGACUUCCGCGCCUCUUCUUUCCGUGCUCAGGUCGACAGCACCGGUAAGGUCAGCUGCCUGCUUGAGAAGCGCAUUGCCAUGCCCAUCUCUCUGAGCUUCGCUGGUGAGAUUGACCAGGCCAAGCAAACGGCCAAGGUCGGCCUUGCCGUCUCUCUGGAGAUCGCCGGCGAGGAGCUGAUGGAGCAGCAGGAGAAUGCUGACCCCGCCAGCAUGGUCCCCCCUCCCUUCUAA